CAAUAAUUCUUCUAAUAAAGAAGAUAUUGUGUUAUCUCAAUCUGAGGAGUUUGUUUCUAAUGAACAUGAUAAUCUAACUAAUAGUGAUAACAAUAAUACACUUAAUAGCUAUAAUUUGGUUAAUAGUGAUAAUAAUAAUAUAGAAAAAUUUAAGAAUAUAUCAAAAUUACCAAAUUUAAAAGCAAUAAAGUUAGUUCCUCUUAUUAAACAUUCAGAAUGCAUAGAAAUUUAUCAUAACAAUAAUACUAGUAAAAGUGAAUUAUGUGAACAUAUUAUAAGGUCAGUAGAUAGUUCAACAGGAAAUUAUAUUGGAUAUUUAGCAACACAGCAUGGUAUUACUGAAAGUUCUUAUAAUGAAAAAACAAGAAAAUCACAACUUUCACAACUUCAAAUUGAUUAA